CAAGCUGUUGGCUGUUAAUAGUUAACGUUAGCUAGUAGCUGGAAGGUGUUAACGUUAACUGUUAGCUGGAAGCUGGUGGCUGUGUGACACCACUCAGAGCCAGCGGUAGUUUCCCCGAGCUGUCCGCGGACAGGCAGCGGAACAUGGCCGCUCCAGCUGUGGUCACCGUGCGACUGGUCCGCUCCUUCGAGCACCGAAACUUUAAACCAGUAGUGUUUCACGGAGUCCAGUUAGAUCAGACGGUGCAUGACUUCAUACAGCUGGUCAGAGACGAUAUAGCAACACGGCCGGGGCUUACUCCUCCUUUCAAGAAAUACGCCUAUGACACAAUGAAGAUUAUCCACCAAGCACAUGGAGCAAAGACUAAUGAGUUGGUGAUGAGUUUAGAGGACGAUGAAAAGCUGAUCCUGCAGGAUAGCCAAACCCUUACAGCUGCUGGCGUUGCCAAUGAAACAGAAGUGGCCUUCUUUAGACAGGAAGACUACAGCGUCUAUAAAGCCAAUCCCCAAACUGCUUGGUGACCUCAGUAUUACUUAAGCUUAACAACCACGUUUCCAUGACAGUUUUAAUUUGUCGGCUUGUUUUUAAAAGUAAAGCGUAUUAUCUUUAUUUCUAUGUUUGUUUGUUUUUAUAAUUUUUUUCUUCCGGUAGUUGUGACCAUGGACAUUAAUUUUCAUUGUUUGUAAUGAAUAUAUGCUGAAUAAUAAAGUUCUCAGACAGAUGAA